UAGGCUACAAUAGCUAAUGACCUAACAACGCCACAGCCCUACCACUGACUGGCUGGGUCGUAUUAAACUCCAGUCUUCAUGGAGCCCUCCCGAUGCGUGUCCACGGCCCUGAAGCGCCUACCUUUCAACAACACCGCGCUGAAAAAGCUGCCGGUGGACGACUCCGAGGAGCCCGGGUCCCGGACGGUCCCAGCGGCAUGUUUCUCAAGAAUCCGGACUCUCCAGCCCCUGAUACGUCCGACCUUCGUGGCCCUGUCCCGGUCAGCGCUGGCUCUGCUCGACCUGAGUGAGCGGGACGUGCUGAGUAAUCCCCAGGCUCCGGAGUAUCUGAGCGGCUCCCGGCUGCUGCCGGGCUCCGACCCGGCUGCGCACUGUUACAGCGGGCACCAGUUCGGCCUGUUUGCGGGACAACUGGGAGAUGGAGCGGUGAUGUACCUGGGGGAGGUAGAGUCGGGCACCCAUGGGCGAUGGGAGAUUCAGGUGAAAGGCGCAGGAGUCACACCUUACUCCAGAGAUGGUGAUGGCAGGAAGGUGCUUCGCUCCAGCAUCAGAGAGUUCCUGUGCAGCGAGGCCAUGGCCGCCCUGGGGAUACCCAGCACCCGUGCAGCCUCGCUAGUCACCUCCGACCUCUACGUCACCAGAGAUCCACUCAACAGCGGCAGGCGCAUUCCCGAGCACUGCGCAGUCGUCCUGCGUCUCGCCCCGUCCUUCAUCAGAUUUGGAUCUUUUGAGAUCUUUCUGGGCCGAGAUGAGUUCUCAGGCCUGCAGGGUCCCAGUGCAGGACGGCAUGACAUUCGCGCUCAGCUGCUGGAUUAUGUCAUUGAGACUUUUUAUCCUUAUAUCCAACAGACUCAUAGCAACCGGAAAGACAGGAAUAUGGUUUUUUUCAGAGAGGUGAUGAUGCGAACCGCUAAGCUAGUGGCCCAGUGGCAGUGUGUUGGUUUUUGCCAUGGCGUUCUCAACACGGACAACAUGAGCAUCUUGGGUCUUACUCUGGACUAUGGACCCUUUGGUUUCAUGGACAGGUUUGAUCCAGAUUUCGUCUGCAACAACUCAGACAAAAGAGGGCGCUACUCGUACCAAGCCCAGCCAUCUAUGUGCCGCUGGAACCUGGCCCGUCUGGCCGAGGCGUUGGGCUCUGAACUGGAUGCAGCCGAGGCCGGGGCUAUCCUGGAUCAAUUCAUGCCCACAUACGAAGUCUUCUACCUGUGUAUCAUGAGGAAAAAGCUAGGCCUUGUGGGAAAAGAAGAGCCGGAGGACAGCGAACUCAUAUCAGACCUACUGCACCUUAUGCACAACACUGGUGCAGAUUUCACCAACACCUUCCGCCUGCUGAGCCGUGUCCCCUGGCCUGACGAGGGCCACGGUGGGAGGGCCACAGUGGAGCCAGUAGUAGACCUCAUCCUAGAGCAGUGUGCAUCUAUUGAGGAGCUAAAGGUGGCUAAUAAGCCAACUAUGGAGAACCGUGAAUUGGCGAUGAUUCUGUCCAUGGCACAAACUAACCCAGUCAUGUUUGGGAUGGUGGCCGACAGGCCAGCUGUGUCCCAGCAACUGGAACUGAUGGGACGGCUAAAGGAGCUGCUCGAGACAGAUCAGGUUGAGCUUAAGAAAAAGCAGCGCGAUGACUGGAUUCGCUGGGUUAGCCAAUACAGGAGGCGUUUACCCAGGGAGUGUGAUGGCACAGGGGACCUGUCACUAAUAAAAAAGGAGCGGCUCAGUGUGAUGAACAGCACCAACCCCAGUGUUGUCCUACGCAACUACAUCGCCCAGAAUGCAAUUCAGGCUGCAGAAAAUGGAGACUUCUCUGAGGUCAACACGCUCCUCAAAGUUCUGGAGAAUCCAUAUUCUGAUGCAUUUGCGGAGCCUUUGGAUGGACCUAAUGCAUGUGCUGAAAAGGAGCAGAACAAGAGGAUACUUGCCUAUGACAGGAAACCUCCCGCCUGGGCACAAACGAUUUGCAUCACCUGAUCAUCGUAGAGCCUUUCAGACAGGUCAGGGAGAGAGGUUUGUUCCAACAGGUGGACCACCUAAGCCUCAGUUUUCAGAGUAAACACAAUGUGGGUUGUCAGUACUGUUACUGCUGCUCCUGUUGCUACUCUCUACUUCCACCUCAGACUUUCCUUCCUGCUGCCUGAAAAAAAGAUGUUAUGUAACCCAGUGUGUUCCCGUGUUCAUCAGUAUGGUCAUGUCCAUGUCUGUGUGAUCAUGAUGCUUUUAUUGCAGUGUUUAAAGUGGUUGAAGAGUAAAACAUAGCCCUGGAUUUGACCAAAUUUGACCGAAUGGUCACCCCUACAUGUAAUCAACGAAUUUGCUGAUGAAGUAUGACGGCUCAGAUGACCAGUCACUCGGUGACCUGUCUGGGUCUGAAACACCAGAAACACACUGAUAUAUUUGAAUGAUUAUUAUUUUGUUUGUUUCAAAGUUUGAAAUAAAAGUGUGUUCAUAAGUUGAGAUGUCGGUUAUAAACCUAUACAUACUAGGCAUUAGCUCAGUAUCUUAAAAGGCCCUGAAACGUCAGUUUCUUACUAUAAACUAUUAAAAUAAGUUGAGUCCGUGUUUUCAGUGUCCCUGGUUUUUCCCUUUCCCUGGGUAUUCCCUAUUAUUUUUUUUUAACUGCUUACCUUCGUUAAUGUUUGGAGUUUGUUUGUUUCCUGCCAGGGACUACGGGCGGAAACUAACAAUUUGCUACAACCUGGCACGACAUCUAUCAAUGUUUUUGUGCACUGUCCCUGUUCAAAUAAAUAAAUUAAAAUUUUUGGACUCUGUAA